AAAAUUGAUGGCAUUUUCGUAAAUUAUAUGAACUUGUGGGGUGAAUAGGGCAAAACCAAUUUUCAAAAAAAAAGGAGGUUAGUUUUGUGUUUGACUUUAAGUUAUAGGUCAAUUCUGCAAAAAGCCCAAAAUAAAUAGUCUUUCAUCUGGCUUUGAAGCUCUCCUGAAUGAAUUGAUUCUAUAGUGGUUUUUAAUUGCGCAUAAAUUUUAAUUCAAAUCCUUCUAAAAUUUGUUUUGACCAUCUAAAAUCACCAAAAACAAAACAUGAUGACUCCUAUUAAAUGAUUGUGAUGAAUAUUGACAAAUUAUUUCAAAGAGUCAAAAAUAAAUGAAUAUGAAAAGAUCAUCAAAAUGCCUAAAAUUAGUAUAAAAUCUCGGAAAUUCUUAUUUAGGUAGAAAAUCAAUAAAUUUUAUGGGGGAUAAUAGGACCAAAGAUCUAGACUUUGGCUCUAGUAUUAACUGUGAUGUACAAGUUCAAUGUUUUUGAGGUGGUCGGUCAUGAGAACAACUAUGGGAACCCUAUUAUAUAACAGAGAUAAGAACCAAGAACCACAACAACACUUUCAUUUCGCAAAAUGGAUACGAAAAGGAAGAUCUCGCAUUCCCGCAAGAAGCAGCAACAAGAAGCCGACGGUGAUAUUACUAACUCAUGGAUCUGUAAGAACCCGUCUUGUAGAGCUAACGUGCCUUUAGAUGAUUCUUAUUGCAAGUGGUGUUCUUGUUGCGUGUGCCAUGCUUUCGAUAAGACCAACGACCCAACCCUUUGGUUGGUUUGUGAGUCCGAGAAACCAAACGACGUCGAGUUCUGUGGCCUGUCGUGCCAUGUCGAGUGUGCGUUUCGAAAAGACAUUGUCUGGGUUAAUGCUACUGGGAACCUGAUGAAGCUUGAUGGAUAUUUCUGUUGCUACUCUUGCGGCAAAGUUUCUGACAUUCUUGGAUGUUGGAAGAAGCAGCUUGUGGCAGCAAAGGAUGCACGAAGGAUAGAUGUUCUAUGUUACAGGAUAGAGUUGAGUUACAGGCUUCUCGAUGGGACUAGUCGUUUUUCUGAGCUACAUGAGAUUGUUAAAGAUGCUAAGUCUAAGCUGGAAGUUGAAGUUGGUCCUAUUGACGGGCCUUCUGCGAGAAAUAACCUGGGCAUUGUUAGUCGGCUUCCUGUAGCAAUGCAGGUGCAAGAGCUCAGCAGUUUUGCUAUCAGAAGGGCAGAGUAUUGGUCAACCAGUGUAGCCAGAGGUUUGGUUCCUGCUGCAUGCAGGUUUGAUUUUAUAGAUGUUGCGCCUAGACAAGUGAUCCUUCGUUUGAUUGAGCAUUCUAGUGCUGAAGAACGUGGUGUGAAGGGUUAUAGGUUAUGGUGUGACAAGAAAGGAGAGACGCCUGAGGACGAUCAGUUUGACACUGAUUUGAGUAGAGGAGAAGCACAGAGGAUGAGGAUAUUGUUUUCUGACCUUGAGCCUUGCAAGGAGUACAUAUUCCGUGUUGUAUCUUACACAAGAGCUGGGGUUUUAGGUCAUUCUAUCGCUGGAUGCUUUACCAAGAGCGUUGAGAUUUUCCAGCGGAGCGGUGGUAACUAAGAGGAUGGUAGGAGAAACAGACUAAGGUCAAUGGUCCAAUUGUUCUUGUUUAAUUCUUGAUAAAAUAUGUCCUACACAUGUAAGCUCCUUUUCAAAAAGAAAAAAAAAAUUUGUCCUACACUUUACACAUAGUACUUAUGGGAUAAUGGGACGAUACAUCUUAGAUUUUGCUCUGGUACGAAUUGUGAUAUAUACACAACAUAUUAAAUUUUCUACUUCAAUUUUUAUAAUCCACUUUGAAUAAGUAUUAAGAAUAUGUGUUUGCUAUCACACAUUUCUUAAGAAACUUCAAAAUGUAUCACCUGUAACCACUGACCCUGACACUGGACCAGAUGACUUACCGGGUCAUCGGAUUGCUGGGUCGACCGCGGACGAACCGCAGAUCAAUAAAUUAAUUAAUUUUCCCUAAAUAAUAACAUAUUAGCUAUUAAAAAUAUAGUGCAUAUUCUAUGUUUUAAGAAUAUUUAGAAAACACUUAACUUUUCUUAUUUUUUAUUUUUAUUUAACAUACAAAAUGUCAAAAUAUAAUUCAGAUUAUUUAACAAUUUUUGUAACAAGUUAGACGUUAUGACAUCUAAUAAAUAAUUUCAAGACUUGAAAUCCAUAAGUAUUUAAAUGUGAAAUGUGAAUAGUAAAAUUAAACUUUAAAUCGAAAAUGGUUAAAUAUUAAACCGUAAUAAUAGAUUAUCGAUAACAAAAAUAAACUAAUAAGGACCAAAUUACAACAAUUAAUUUUGGUUCUCUUUAUCAUCGUUCACUUCAUUUUUUCAAAUGGGAUCGAUCUUCAUCAGAAUCUUGAAAAAUCACAAAUAAAUCACAAAUUAAAUAAUGUAAAUAAGAUUCACGAAAAAUUAUAAUCAAAAAGAAAAGAAAGAGAUACAUAGUCGACAUCCGGCAGUAGAAAAAAAAUGUUAGUAAAAUCUGAAAAUCUCACUUUUGAAUUUGAAUAAAAAAAAUUUAAUAACAUAAUUAAGAAGUCUAAAAAAUAAAUAGAAAAGUUAUUUAUUGGUUUAACCAGUGGUUCAACCGGUUGCCGAGUUUCAGGUUUUAGUGGUUUUUUGUGGGUUUUACUAUGUUUUUAAAUAAUGAGUUUUCCAUAAAAUCCAAACCGGAUUAUAUUCGGGUCACCGGAUUUACCGGUUCAACUGCGGAUCUAGGUCGGGUUUCAAAACACUGCAUGUAACCUAAAAUAAUAUAUAUAUUUGGUAAUCCCUAAAAUGUAUCACCUAAAAUAAUAUUUUGGUGAUAGACACUAAUGUUUUUAUAUUUUUUUUUUCUUUCUAUAGUCGAUUCAUAUAGAGUUUAAUUAUGUUGGCUAUCAUUUUUUGAUGAAACUCCAAAAUACAAUACAUAUAACUUUCUUAAAACUGGUAAUAGAUUAUGAUGUUUCUAUAUUCUAAUACCGAAUAUACUAUGUCGAUAUGUGAGUUCUAACCUCUAAGAGUUUUUCUUUCGUCUUAAAAUCAAGCUCCUACAUUCUGUUUUGAAACCCUUUACGAUAUUGAUUUUUUUUUUUUUAACGUCAAACGGCCAUUCUAUUACUCAAGCUUGAGGUGGCCUGGGUAACAAGACCGGAAUAGAACAACCAAUAAAAUGUAACUCCCUAUGGAAAGAUCUAGCAGUCUUAGCUAAAAAGUCUGAAUUCUGAUUACGCGCUCGUGGAACAUGAACGAUGUUGAAAUCCGGGAAGCAUAUCUGCAGCGUCUCUAUCCUUUCUAAUUCCGUCGCAAAGCUUGGCCAGGCAUGAGGUUCCUUCAUCAUUGCUAUCAACUCCUUACAGUCUGUCCCAAAGCUCUGACAAGUUGAAUGUUGAAGCAUGUUCUUCAUUGCCCACCACAACGCUUCUACUUCUGAAUGCAAGGCUGAUACGCGUCUAGUGAAAUUUCUCGUCCCCAUAAGUUGAAUGUUUCCUCCACUGUCCAUCCAGACCCAUCCACAUCCACUAAAGCGAGCGGAGGCUGUCCAAGAUCCAUCUAAUAAGCAAAUAUUACCCAAGCUUAUGACUUGGGUUCCUCAGUACUGAUAUCUUGUACCACUAGUUGAACCACUUUGUUCGCAUCAUACCAAGCUUGACAUUCACUUUCUGCAUGUCGAACUAGCUCCAAAGGAUUUCUAUCUAUCCCCUUGAAAAGUUUGUCAUUCCUAGCCUUCCAAAUGUACCAGAUUAUCCAGGGAUAAGGAUCCAUGUCUUGUUCUGGCUCGAUAAUGCUAUUUUUCCUCCAGAAUAGGUAAUCCAUAUUUGCGUAAACGCUUGGCACUGGAAAUAUAUUUGGGCUCGAUGGAGUUUAUGAUAAGGACCAAACUUGCAGAGCUGGCGGACACUCGAAAAUAGCAUGGGUUACAGAUUCUUCUAGUUCUCCACAUCUUGGGCAGUAGUUGUCACAUCUCAUAUUGCGCCUUGCUAAGUUCCUCGUUACUGUCACAUGG